UCUCUGGCUGAGGUUUAAGAUCUUCUUCUUCUUCCUUUUCUUGCUUCAUCUUCUUCAAAUUCACUUGAUUCCUUAUCGCUACUCUGUUUUGGUUAUUUUGCAUGCACGAUGAAGCGGCCGAAGAAGAAUCUGGAGAAUCAUCGAUCAAUUCAAAGAUGAACUUCCUGUUUUCACCUGUAUUCUUCUGGGUGUUCAUCUUGGUACAUAUUAAGAGUUUGUGGUUCUAUAAUAUGUUCCACGUGAAGCCGAAGUUCCAUUCCCCGGUGCCUCGACUCCCCGAGCUGCUAGAGCCGAACCUUUGUGAUGCAAGGUAGCCCGUCCCCGUCCUACCAACCACGACUCCCGCCUCCGGACCAACAUCUCGACCUUCCAUGGACCCAGCACUGAACAACUCCCCUCAAAGAAGUCCACUCCGCCCAGACCUCCCCCGACGGUAAAGUUCGCCCGCCGGACGUCGAGCGGCCGGGUCAUGAGCCUCAACCGUGACGACAGCCUCUCCGGCGACUUCUCCUCCUCCGACUUCGUCAGCUACACAGUAAUGAUGCCGCCGACGCCGGACAACCAACCCAUGUUCCAAGACCAGUACUCAGCGGUGAAGGCCGAGGAAGCCCAGCCGGCGUAUGGCUCGAGCUCAUCCCACCUAGGCGGAGAAGGUGGCAGGGGGGCUGCAGGCGAGGACGGCGCGGGCGGCGAGCCCAGUGGUAAGAUGGACCGUCGGAUGUCGGUCAUGAAGUCAAAUAAUAAGUCGAUACUGCUGAGAAGCCAGACCAACGACUUCGACCACAACCGCUGGCUGUUUGAGACGAAGGGAACCUAUGGUAUAGGGAAUGCCUUCUGGCCCUCCGGCGAAGCUGGUGGGUACGGCGCCCGCGCAGGCGCCGGCGUUGUCGACGAUGAUGCUAUGAACGUGAGCAUGGCUGAUUUCUUGGACAAGCCUUGGAAACCUUUGACUAGGAAGAUCCCCAUUCCACCUUCAAUUCUAAGCCCAUACAGGCUGUUGAUCAUGAUACGGUUGGUAGUGCUGAUGUUCUUUCUGGCAUGGCGGGUGAGCCACCCGAAUCCCGAUGCCAUGUGGCUGUGGGGAAUGUCCAUCGUCUGCGAGAUCUGGUUCGCCUUCUCGUGGGUGCUGGACCAGAUGCCUAAGCUCAACCCCAUCAACCGCGCCACCGACCUGGCCGCCCUCCAAGACAAGUUCGAGUCCCCCUCUCCCUCCAACCCAACCGGCCGCUCUGACCUCCCUGGCAUCGACGUCUUCGUCUCCACCGCCGACCCGGAGAAGGAGCCCCCUCUUGUGACAGCCAACACCAUCCUCUCCAUCCUCGCCGUCAAUUACCCCAUCGAGAAGCUCGCCUGCUACAUCUCCGACGACGGCGGCAGCCUCCUCACCUUUGAGGCCAUGGCGGAGGCAAUGGUGUUCGCCGAGGUGUGGGUCCCUUUCUGCCGAAAGCACAACAUCGAGCCCCGGAACCCCGACAGCUACUUCUCCCAGAAGGGCGACCCGACCAAGUUCAAGAAGGAUCAGGACUUCGUCAAGGACAGGAGGAGGCUCAAGCGCGAGUAUGAUGAGUUCAAGGUGAGGAUCAAUGGCCUCCCCGAUGCCAUCAGGAGGAGGUCUGAUGCCUAUAACAAGAGAGAAGAGAGAAAAGCCGCUGCUGCUGGUGGUGGUGGUGAUGAAGAAGGUGCUGUCAAGGUUCUUAAGGCGACGUGGAUGGCCGACGGUUCUCAUUGGCCUGGCACUUGGCUUGCCCCCUCGAAAGAUCAUAGUAAAGGUGACCAUGCUGGCAUUCUUCAGGUGAUGUCCAAAGUGCCGAGUCCCGAUCCAGUGUACGGGUCGUCGGACGAGAAGAUCAUCGACCUGUCGGGGGUGGACGUGCGGGUGCCCAUGUUUGUGUACGUCUCCCGCGAAAAGCGCCCCGGCUACGACCACAACAAGAAAGCCGGUGCCAUGAACGCCAUGGUGCGCGCCUCGGCCAUUCUUUCCAAUGGCCCCUUCAUCCUGAACCUCGACUGCGACCACUACAUCUACAACUCUCAGGCGCUCCGGGAGGGCGUCUGCUUCAUGAUGGACCGCGGCGGCGACCGGAUCUGCUACGUCCAAUUUCCGCAGCGAUUCGAAGGCAUCGACCCAUCCGACCGCUACGCCAACCACAACACCGUCUUCUUCGACGGCAACAUGCGCGCCCUCGAUGGCCUGCAGGGCCCCGUCUACGUCGGCACCGGCUGCUUCUUCCGCCGCUUCGCUGUUUACGGCUUCGACCCUCCCCGCGCUUACGAGUACAUCGGCACCUUCGGCCAGAGCAAGCACCCCCUCCACGCCCCCUCCCUGUGCUCCUCCAUGUUCAAUGCCAUCGACCCGGCCCUCGGCCCCGACGUCGAGCUCCUCAACGCGGCGCGUGCCGAGCUUCCCAAGCGCUUCGGCAACUCUGCCCUCUUCGCGGACUCCAUCCCGGUGGCCGAGUUCCAGGCCCGCCCUCUCCAGGACCACCCAGUCGUGAAAAACGGCCGGCCGGCCGGCGCGCUACUCCUGCCGCGGCAGCCCCUCGACGCCAACACCGUGGCGGAGGCCGUCUCUGUCAUCUCGUGCUGGUACGAGGACAAGACGGAGUGGGGAGACCGCGUCGGCUGGAUUUACGGCUCCGUCACCGAGGACGUCGUCACCGGCUACCGGAUGCACAACCGCGGGUGGCGGUCCAUCUAUUGCAUCACGAAGCGCGACGCCUUCCGCGGCACGGCGCCGAUCAACUUGACGGACCGGCUGCACCAGGUGCUGCGGUGGGCGACGGGGUCGAUCGAGAUCUUCUUCUCGCGCAACAACGCGCUCUUCGCCAGCUCGCGCAUGAAGUUCCUGCAGCGCCUCGCCUACCUCAACGUCUGUGUCUACCCCUUCACCUCCAUCUUCCUCAUCGUCUACUGCUUCCUCCCGGCCCUCUCCCUCUUCUCCGGCCACUUCAUCGUCCAGAACCUCAAUAUCGCCUUCCUCUCCUACCUCCUCGUCAUCACCCUCACCCUCACCAUGCUCUCCCUCCUAGAGGUCAAGUGGUCGGGCAUCGGCCUCGAGGAGUGGUGGCGCAACGAGCAGUUCUGGCUCAUAGGCGGCACCAGCGCCCACCUGGCGGCCGUGCUGCAGGGACUGCUUAAGGUGGUCGCCGGAAUUGAGAUCUCCUUCAAGCUCACCUCUAAAUCGGCGGCGGAGGACGAGGAAGACAUCUAUGCCGAUCUCUACGUGGUGAAGUGGACCAGCCUCUUCAUUCCCCCCCUCACCAUCAUCGUCGUCAACCUCGUCGCCGUCGCCAUCGGGUUCUCCAGGACGAUCUACAGCACGAUACCGCAGUGGAACAAGCUGCUCGGUGGGGUGUUCUUCAGCUUCUGGGUGCUUGCUCACAUGUAUCCCUUUGCCAAGGGGUUGAUGGGAAGGAGGGGAAGAAUGCCCACCAUCGUCUACGUCUGGUCUGGAUUGGUUGCCAUCAUCAUCUCCUUGCUCUGGAUCACCAUUAGUCCUCCCACUGAUUCAACUCAAUCUUCAGGUGGCAGCAUAGAGGUUUAAACGAAAGCCAAAGGUUUCUUUUUUUCUUUCUUUCUCUGUCUCAGCAUCCCUCUUCUUUGCUUCUGUAAUAUCCUUGUGCCUGUUAAUAUAAUCUUUCUUCCUCCUUUUCCUUCAUUUUUUUAGGGAUGAUUGGAAAAUUUUAGAGCAUCGUGGCCAACAAAUGCAUUAUAAAAAACGAUGGAGUCCUAAAAAGGAUGACUGAGUUGAUUUUGUAUUUUCAUUGUGUAA